AUUUAAGUGAAAUAAUGGAAGACCGUAAGGCUAAAUAUAAAGCAUUAAAAGACUCUAAAAUUUCCAAAAGCGCUAACUCUUCAGAUAAAUUUGACAACGACAGUGUUUUAAAUAUGGGAAGUCUUAACAACUUUUCUAUCUCUGGAGAAACUGGAGAAGAAUGCAAGUUUCUUGAUUCAGAGCUUCAAGAGAGGAAUGUAACACGGCUAAGACCAGAGAAUGCUAGAGGAUCUAAAUAUGAUAAUUUCAUGACUGGCAAGAUUUGACCGACCGCUGAGACUUACUUGUCAAAAGGCAAGGAAUUACCGAAAGCCUACAUCAAACCAAAAUUUUUAAUUCGUAACUGUUUUGAAAAAGUUGGCAUUGCAAGUUAUCAGGAGUCUGGUAGCUCCCUCCUUCGGAAGUAUAUAGAAAAUAUUUCAUAUAUCAUAACUGGAUCUGACAGAGAUACAAGUACAGUCCUAGGAAAGCAGUAUCAAUGAGACUAUGGCCUCGAGGGUGAAGGAGUUGUCGGAAGAGUUUGGAUGGUCAAGACAAGUUUUCCUGAAGAAAUAGGUGAAAAGAAGAUAUCUAUCAGCAAAUGUAUUCUUGUUUGUCAAAACCCAUGAGAUGCUAUCUAUGAGCACUUCUGAAAAAUUGUCACUAAGAAAAAUGAUGGUACUCUAAACACAGAGUCUAUGGAGUUACUCAAGAAUUGAUGGGAUGAUUUUGUAAAACAAGAGGCUUCUACUUGGAGAAGAUUUUAUGAUUACUGGAUGCUUGCAGCUGAAAUACCAACAUAUUGAGUUAGAUAUGAAGACCUGAUGGAAGAUCCGAAAACUGUUCUCAUCGAUGUUUUUAAAUUCUUAUUGGAUACUGAUGAUAUUGAAGGAACUAUAGUUGAAAGCCUCAUAGAGAAAGAGGUUAGCCCUGAAAAGGAGUUAUAUUAUCAGAGAGAUCCAUCAGGGAGAUCUUUUAAGAAAUUUUCUGAGAUUCAGAAAAACACUCUGAAAAGCCUCGCUGGAUGUGUGAUAAGGAGAUUAGGAUAUGGAUCUAACUUCAUCUCACCAGUGAAUCCUAUUUCACCGACGAAUUUUUUCGAAAACGAUGACUAUAUUUCCGACUCAAAAGUGUAUGAGUUAGACUCGAUUGUCAAGAACAGAGAUGAAUAUUACAUAAAAGUAAGGUACGAUUACCUCCAACUUAAUAAGCUUGCUUUAUCAAAAGUUAAGGGCAGACAAGAGAUAGACAAGACUAAACUUCUAGAAUUAAGACUGAAUCAUGAAAGUGAGAAGCUUAGAGCUGGUGGAGUUAAGCAAUGUCUCAGACCUUAUAGAGCAUUAUUAAAGAAAGUAAUAAAAACUUAA